GUGCGUAAAUAUCUUCCUAUAAUUUUAAUAUUUGACUUGGUGCAUUGCAUAUUUUUAUUAUUUAUGUGCAGCGACACCCCUUGGCAUCUGAAGUGCAUAAAACACACAGAUCCUUCAAAGUAAUAAACAGUACAGUGGAUUGCAGUCAAGUGUCAAGGACAAGUCAGCAGAAUUAUGUGAACAGAUGGCACUCUGAGAUUAAGAUAUUGACCUGAUACCUCAUGGCUUGGCUGAAGGUGUUGUGGCUGACCCAUACAUCUUUUUAUUAUGCCAGCUAUUUAAUCAUCCACACAAACCAUGAAAACAAAUAUUCAAAUUAUACCCUGAUCCGAUUGAUUGAUUUAAUUCUUAUUAUUCUAGUAGUUUUGAUAGCUAUAUUAUUAUCAUCAGUGAUGCAGAUGUCAUUAUCACAAUCCAAAAUUGGUUUUUAAACAAAUUCUCCCUUUUGAACCUUUUUUUUGUUUUGUUUGAUGUUGUAUAUUUCCAGUUAGAAUUUAGUUCUGUUACGUGCCUCUAUGUUCAAUCAAUUCGUCUAUGUUCAAUAAAGCAAUCAAUCCAUCAAUUGUAGAAGUUGCUCUCAAGCAUCAGAUGUAUCAAAAGACCAAAUGGCAACGUCAUGUUUACGUGGUCUUUGGUGCAUGGUUAAUUCUCAGUGGAAAUCCCGUGCCGGUUCAUCGGGACUGUCUGGAACAGCCUAAAGUGAGAUUAAAAACAGAGGCCAGUUGGCCACAUGUGAACCAGGUUAGACUUGAAGCUUUAGCAGCAGAUCAGUGCUGCAGCGUAUAUAAAGCUGCUCAAGCAAAUGGCCCGUCACAUAUCCUGCACGGGGGUUUACGCAUAGUCGUGCUCCCUACGAGAUUUUCAAGAAAUUCACAUUCAGAGGACACCUAUUGCAAGUUUUUCGUCUGUCUGUACUUGGGCCUUGAGUGCAACAGGAGUUAUGGUUCUGUCAGAGAAUGAGUCUGACUCUGUCUUUGAGCCUCUCAUUAAUGAGGAGCACGUUGAGACUCAGUAUGGGAAUGUCCACUGCAUCAUGAUGGGGACGCCUAGGGCAAAUCGCCCUGUCAUUUUGACAUAUCAUGACGUUGGACUAAACCACAAGACCUGUUUUGAGACUCUAUUUGCGCAUGAGGACAUGCAAGAAAUCCUCAGACAUUUUCCCGUUUGUCACGUUGAAGCCCCAGGACAACACGAAGCGGCCAAAACUUUCCCAACAACGUAUUCCUACCCGACCAUAGACCAACUGUCUGAAGCGCUGCCUAGUGUGCUCAAACACUUUGGGUUGCGCAGUGUGAUUGGACUGGGAGUUGGAGCAGGUGCCUGCAUUUUGGCCAAUUUUGCUCUAAAUCACCCUGAUCUGGUGGAUGGAUUGGUUCUGAUCAACAUCAACCCUAAUGCUGAAGGAUUAAUAGAUGCUGUCACAAACAAGCUUACUGAAUGGACUCACGCUCUCCCUGACACAAUUAUCACACACUUAUUCGGAAAAGAAGAGAUCCAUUCCAACCAUGACCUCAUAGCCACAUACCGCCACCACAUCAGCGCGACCAUGAACCAGCACAACGUGGCCCAGUUCUUUCGUGCUUACAACAGUCGCAGUGCUCUUGAGGUGGAGAGGCCUGUUCCUGGAGCAAAUACCAAAGUCAGGACCCUCAAGUGCUCCACAUUACUGGUUGUUGGAGACAGCUCUCCAUUUGUGGACGCUGUGGUUGACUGCAACUCGAAGCUUAACCCAACAAAGACCACACUGCUCAAGAUGGCGGACUGCGGAGGACUUCCUCAAGUGGCUCAGCCAGCAAAAGUGAUCGAAGCCUUCAAAUACUUCAUCCAAGGCCUUGGAUACUUAUCCAGUGUCAGUAUGACCAGACUUCGUUCACGGACAACCUCUAGCUCCAGCGUCUCGUCUAUGGAGAACUCUCGGAGCCGUACACAUGAGAAGCGAGGACGCUCCCAUACUGAUGUUUCCAUGGAGAGCAUCUCCAACAACAACAUGGAUCGCAUCGUUUCAAAAUCCACUCAUGAAGUGGCAUGCUAGAGCACACAAUGCACUCAGCUUGCUCUUGCAUCUUGUUAUUGACUAUCUCUGCAAUUACACUUAAAGGUCACGGUCAUAGCUAAAUAUGACAUCAAUAUGCAUUUUUUUUUUUAGUGUCCUUUUCAUGUUCCCUCGAGCAGCUUCUCCUCUCAACCUUUAAGUACCUAAAAAUUUCCAUUCUCCUUUUCUUACCACUACUACUGAUUGCACAUACUAUCAAUAAUAAUUUCCAUGUAUUAUUGAUUUGAUUAUUUAUCAUUUUCCUAAUUAUUUUAUCCAUUACUGACCAAAAGAACUCAUAUCUUAACACUGAUAGACCGUCAUUUUUUCAUCUUUUGCAGAAGUGGUUCAGAGAAAUGUGUACAAAAGAUCAAUUAUGAUAGUCCAUCAUUGAUUUGCAGAAGAGAAAUUCUACCGUUACAUGGAAUACUGAGCAACAUACCACACCGCAGACUGUAAAAUAAAUACCAAGUAAUAAAAAAUUGGAAACUGCAACAACUUUUUUUUGUUUUUUUUAUACGUAUUGAGUUUUUUGAUGAUUCUAUUGUUUGAGUUUAGUGGUGAGUGCAGGGGCUAGUUUUGUUUUAAGUACUUGUUUUAACUAUAUAUUGUGAAUAUAAAGGAAUAAUGUAAUAUACUAUAUUGUUACUGCUGUAUGUAGAAAAUAAAAUAAUACAGUGGUU